GUCAAGAGGAGGGGAGGAGAAACCACGUGUGAUCCCCACUAUGUACAGCACUGUCCUUCCUCGGUAGACUUGUUUUUGUAAGCGUGUACCCUUCGCAUGUAGCCAGCUAGCCUGCGUUAGCCUGAGAAGCAGAGUUCGUAUUUUUACAGAUCGACUUAUUCGACCAUCGCUGCUGGGGGGUUUCUGUCGCCACACUGACUGCCGACCAUGGUGAGCAAGACAGAUGACAUCCCGGCGUCAGUGCCUAACUGUAAUCCGGUUGAUCUUGCGGAUGAAGCUGGGGAUGGAGCCCAAGACAGCAAAGAAACCAGCAAGACACAUGUGAAGGACUCCUGCGGCUGUGCACACAGUGCAGAUACAGCGAUGGUGAAUGGUGAUGGAGCCCACGAGCACACGGAGGAAUCUGACUCAAAGCAGGAUGGGAAUGGUGAAGCGGAUGGAGGGGAGGAGUCUAACGAACAGGAAGUGAUAGUGAUCCAGGACACAGGCUUCACUGUUAAAAUCCAGGCACCUGGAACAGAGCCGUUCGACCUGCAGGUUUCACCCCAGGAAAUGGUGCAGGAGAUCCAUCAGGUGUUGAUGGACCGUGAGGACACCUGCCACCGCACCUGCUUCUCCCUGCAGUUGGAUGGAAACGUACUGGACAACUUUGCCGAGCUCAAGUCCAUCGAAGGCCUGCAAGAGGGUUCGCUGCUCAAAGUGGUGGAAGAGCCUUACACAGUACGUGAAGCCCGCAUACAUGUGCGUCACAUCAGAGACCUGCUGAAGAGCCUGGACCCCUCUGACGCUUACAACGGAGUCGACUGCAACUCACUGUCCUUUCUCAGCAUCUUCACUGAUGGAGAUCUUGGAGAUAGCGGCAAGAGAAAGAAAAAGGGCAAUGAACUGGAGCAGAUUGACUGCACCCCACCAGAGCACAUCCUUCCUGGCAGCAAAGAGCGCCCCCUGGUGCCCCUCCAGCCACAGAACAAGGACUGGAAGCCUAUGCAGUGCCUGAAGGUCCUGACCAUGAGUGGCUGGAACCCUCCACCUGGAAACCGAAAGAUGCACGGGGACCUCAUGUACCUGUACAUCGUGACUGUGGAGGAGCGCCAUGUCAGCAUCACUGCCUCUACACGCGGCUUCUACCUCAACCAAUCAACUACCUACACCUUCAACCCUAAGCCAGCCAACCCCAGCUUCCUGAGCCAUUCUCUGGUGGAGCUGCUGAGCCAGAUCAGCCCUGCCUUCAAGAAGAACUUCACUGCCCUGCAAAAGAAAAGAGUUCAGCGGCACCCAUUUGAGAGGAUAGCCACGCCUUUCCAGGUGUACAGCUGGACUGCUCCACAGGUCGACCACGCUAUGGACUGUGUUCGAGCAGAGGAUGCUUACACUUCCCGCUUGGGUUAUGAGGAGCACAUACCUGGACAGACCAGAGAUUGGAACGAGGAGCUGCAGACGACCAGAGAGCUGCCGCGAAAGAAUCUGCCUGAACGUCUGCUGAGGGAGAGGGCCAUCUUCAAGGUGCACAGUGACUUCGCAGCAGCUGCCACUCGCGGUGCGAUGGCAGUCAUUGAUGGUAACGUCAUGGCUAUAAACCCUGGUGAGGAAACACGCAUGCAGAUGUUCAUCUGGAACAACAUCUUCUUUAGCCUGGGCUUUGAUGUGCGGGAUCACUAUCGUGAGCUGGGUGGAGAUGCCGCUGCUCACGCAGCGCCCACCAAUGACUUGAAUGGCGUACGAGCUUACGGUGCUGUGGAUGUGGAGGGUCUGUACACACUGGGGACUGUGGUGGUGGAUUACAGAGGCUACCGUGUCACCGCACAGUCAAUCAUCCCAGGCAUCCUGGAGCGCGAACAAGAGCAAAGUGUCAUCUAUGGCUCGAUUGACUUUGGAAAGACUGUUGUGUCUCACAACAAAUACCUGGAGCUGCUGGACAAGACCAGCCGGCCUCUCAAGGUCCAGAGGCACAAUGUGUUGAAUGAGAAGAACGAGACAGUGGAGCUGUGCUCCUCUGUUGAGUGUAAGGGCAUCAUUGGCAACGACGGGCGGCAUUAUAUUCUGGACCUUCUACGUACUUUUCCUCCUGACCUCAACUUCCUGCCUGUGGAGGGAGAGGAGCUGCCUCCAGAGAGUCAACGUCAAGGGUUCCCCCGUCAACACAGGCACCGCCUGGCCUGUUUACGCCAAGAGCUCAUUGAGGCCUUUGUAGAGCACAGGUAUCUUCUCUUCAUGAAGAUGGCUGCAUUACAGCUCAUGCAACAGAAAGCAAACAAGGAGACAAAGACUGACGUGCCUGCCAUCACAGAAAAUGCUAACACACCCACAGAGAGCAAUGCUGACACCCCACAGACACACACUACUUCUUCAGACUCUUCUAAUGCACCAACCACAGAGGUCUCCUCAGACAGCAGUGCUUCUGCUGCUUCACAGGCUGAAACUGACAGUGAAGAAAAGUCCUUGAAGCCCACCUCUAAUGGGCCUCUAGACCCCACAGCCACACAGAAUGGAGAAUGCAAGAGCCCACUCGAGGGUAAGGAGCUUGAGGAAAGUAUUCCAGGAUUAGCUCAGGCCAAAGAGCUUGCGGAGACCUUAGUUGCCGAAGAUGGAUCUGGCAUCGACCCCAAAAGCAGGGAAGUCGUCCUAAACGCCUGCAAAGCAGUCGGCUCCAUCAGCAACACAUCUUUUGACAUUCGCUUCAACCCUGACAUCUUCUCUCCAGGAGUGCGCUUCCCAGAUGACAGCACAGAUGACGUCCAGAAACAGAAGCAGCUUUUGAAAGAUGCUGCUGCCUUCCUGGUGUCAUGCCAGAUCCCCUCACUGGUUAAAGACUGUUUGGACCACAGCGCUCUGCCCAUGGAUGGAGCCACACUGACGGAGGCUCUGCACCAGCGGGGCAUCAAUGUCCGUUAUCUGGGCACGGUCCUGGAGUUUUUGGACAAGACUCCUGCCAAAGCCCAGCUGGAGCACUUCUAUAGAAUAGGAAUCAGUGAGCUUAUCACUAGAUGUGCAAAACAUAUCUUCAAAACAUACCUCCAGGGUGUGGAGUUGUCGGCUCUGUCUGCUGCUGUAAGUCAUUUCCUGAACUGCUUCUUGAGUUCCUUCCCUGAUGCUGUUGCCCAUCUGCCUCCUGACGAGCUGGUAUCUCGGCGCAAGAGUCGCAAGCGUCGCAACAGGGUCCCCGGCAGCGGCGACAACACAGCCUGGGCCAGUCUGACACCCAGUGAGCUGUGGAAGAAUAUUGUCUCUGAAGCCCAGAGCUACUAUCACUUCGCCAUAGAGUGUGAAAGUGUGGACCAGGUUGUGGAGAAAUACGGCCUUCAGAAAAGCACUCUGCUCAGAGAAAUUUCUAUCAAAACUGGCAUCCAGAUUCUCAUAAAGGAGUAUAACUUUGACAGCCGUCACAAGCCUGCCUUCACAGAGGAGGACAUCCUAAAUAUUUUCCCUGUUGUGAAACAUGUAAAUCCCAAAGCCUCAGACGCCUUCCACUUCUUCCAGAGCGGCCAGGCCAAAGUACAGCAAGGAUUUCUAAAGGAGGGCUGCGAGCUGAUCAAUGAAGCACUCAACCUGUUCAACAAUGUGUAUGGAGCCAUGCAUGUAGAGAUCUGUGCCUGUCUGCGCCUGCUGGCACGUCUUAAUUACAUCAUGGGAGACCACGCGGAGGCUCUCAGCAACCAGCAGAAGGCUGUUCUGAUGAGUGAACGAGUGCUGGGCAUCGAACACCCCAACACAAUUCAAGAAUAUAUGCACUUGGCUCUGUACUGUUUUGCUAACGGCCAGCUGUCGACUGCUCUGAAGCUGCUGUAUCGUGCCCGUUACCUCAUGUUGUUGGUUUGUGGGGAAGACCACCCAGAGAUGGCGCUACUUGAUAGUAAUAUCGGCUUGGUGCUGCACGGAGUGAUGGAGUAUGACUUAUCUCUGAGAUUCCUGGAGAAUGCCUUGACCAUUAACACAAAGUAUCACGGAGCCCGGUCCCUCAAGGUGGCACUGAGCCAUCACUUGGUUGCUAGGGUUUAUGAGAGCAAAGCCGAGUUCCGCUCUGCACUUCAGCAUGAAAAGGAGGGUUACACCAUUUACAAGAACCAGAUGGGUGAGGCACAUGAGAAAACCAAGGAGAGCUCAGAGUACCUGAAGUAUCUGACACAACAGGCUGUGGCUCUGCAGAGGACCAUGAAUGAGAUCUACAAAAACGGCUCCAAUGCCAGCAUCAUGCCCCUGAAGUUCACUGCCCCCAGCAUGGCCAGUGUCCUAGAACAGCUCAACAUCAUCAACGGCAUCAUCUUUAUACCUCUCAGUCAAAAGGAUCUGGAGAACCUGAAGGCAGAGGUGCAGAGGCGGCAGCAGCUGCAGGAGCUGGGGAAGAAUGAGGAGCCAACUGAGGACACCCCACUGGAACUAGAGGACAAAAUUCCCAUUGAUUAAUGUCUGACAGGCUUCAACACAGCUACUUUCUGCUAUGGGGUGGGAGGCAGUGAUGCAACAGCCAUGUCACUGAGCCUGUGGACCCAUGAACUGAGCAGUCUAAAUCAGCUUUGAAAUAAAACAGGGGAGGGAUGGGUCAGGACAGACAAAUUGUGUGAACUGUAGGACACGGAAUACAGAGCAGGAAUUUCCUACAAGGUAGGAAGAAAGAAAGAGAGGGAAGAGAAAGUACAAACACCGAAUCAAUGUUAACAUGCAAUCUGAGUAUCCCCGGCCCAAGCACCUGGUGAUGACAUCACUAAAGGUGUAGAAUAAUGCUGGGGGAGGGAGACCAAGGAUGACCAUGACAUUGUAUACCAGAGCCUUAUCCACUGUACCAUUUUAAAAACCCCAAAACCGCUUCAAGCUCCCCACAGCACUGCUAGCCCAGGACCACAUUUUGCCCUGCAUUUCUCUAAAGAGCCUUGGAGAUCGCAGGGCCAUGUAGCCACACCCACCCUCCAGUGGUGCUCGAAAUGACAAAGCACCAACCCUGUCCUAGAACUCAGGGGUAAUUUCUACUGUGCACUAAGAGCAGAUUACAGUCACUAAAAAUGCGAUUUUUCCAAGCGGGGCUUCAGAAUGUAAAUUCCCCUUUCUAACCCCCUGUCAUUCUUACACAUCCCUGGUGGUUAAUUCAUGUUUCUCUCAUUUGUACUCAUGAUGACCCUAGUGGGUCCCUGCUGUGUUCUAUUGUUCCUUUUUCUUUCAAGCAAAAUUACACAUUACUAAGCUUUCAACCCAUCAUUAGUUUGAUUUUAUUUGCUGGAUUUUUUUAAUGGAUUUUGUAAAAGUGCACAGAAGAAUUAAGAAGGUAUUUAGGGCCUGUUGAUCAUCAAUUAAUUUAAGCCAUGUCUGUUUUAUAGGAAAAUGUAUAGAAAUGGAAAAGAUGUAUAAAUCUUUAUCGGAUUUAGACAGGUACUUGAUUGAUGUUAAUGGAAAUACAGAUUUAAAACGUCCACCUUAUACACAGUAGAUUUAUCUAUCUAUAUACUAGCUGUGUUCAAUCUUCUAUUUUUACACAUUGAAAGAUUAUGUGCAUGUAUGUUUGUAUGUGUGACUGUGUGUGUCUUUGUGUAGUCCAGCAGAAAAUCCAUUGGUCAGGGCUGUUGCUGCUUUUGCUGCUGCAUAGUCAUUCAUAAUAGAGGCUAAAAGUGAACAUUGGCUUUCCAGAUGUUUUAUAUUUCUACACAUGGUAAACCUGCUGGAUAGUUGAAGCCUCUUUAAUGAAAACAAUCAUGGCUGCGGAUGUUGUCAAUCUGUUUGCGUACCAUAAAGGUACAGGACAGGUGCUCGACACUGGCAGCAGUUUCUGGGUGUUUCUUUUGUUUUCUUUUUCCAUUAUUGGGUCAUGUCAUCUUUUUGUAUGCAACUGAGAUAAAAACCAGCCAGGAGUGUCUGUUCAUUGAGCAGUAUUUAGUGCACUUUCUCGUGCUGCUUUAUGUGUGAACAUACUCGCAGCACAACCAAAAGUGGACAAAAGAAGGGCUGCUUCAAUGUAAUGUACCAAAAAAGAAUGAUAAAGGUUUGUUUGCGCUUGUGUACAUGCAAUGUGUCUCUCCCAUGGCAAUUUGUUACUUAAUUGUUGGCGUGUCUAAAUGUGUGAUUAAAGCAAUAGAGAGAUGGUGCUGGAAGUGAAUGUUUGUAGAAAAUGCAGUUUUUACUUGGCACAAAACAUGCAAGCUGGACUAUUAAUAACCUGCAAAAAGUGAGCCUUUAUGAAAACAAAAGGUGAGGUCUUGAGAGGGAAGUUAAAAACAUGAUUGUGCUCCUAAACAGUCAUAUAAUGUCAGUGGCAGAGUGUGGUAUGUAUUGUGCCUAUUGUCUGUGGCAACCAGGGUGACAACAGGAAAAACUCAACAACUUGUGUUACUAAUGGAAAAAUGCCUCCUGUUUUUGUUUCAGAGUUUCGUGUAUUAUAUAUUUUUUUUUAUUUCUUUCAGUUUGGGGGCAUAUAAUGUUUAUCCUUGUCCCCCACUGUCCCUCCUGAUAAAGUUGAUUCGCCCAACUAUAUUGCCAGUAAUGUCCGCAAGGUGGCACCCUUGCACUUGUGACAUUGUACCUGUCGUGAAAUGACAUGAGGCCCCGCAGUGUCAGUGCAAACAAUUGCACACCUGUUGUCUGUCGGCAUACACAAACUACAAAAAUAUAUGUGUCUGUUUCCCCCAUAAAAUUGAUCUAAUAGAUUAGGUCUUUCAAGCACUACAAUGUUGAACAUGAUUUAACCUGUUGAAAUACCAACAAAAGUGAGUCUGCUGUCUGGGAAAUGUGCUAUUGGGAAUCUGAUGUAGAAUAAACCCAAUGGGAAUAAUCAAACUGUUUGUCUGCAAAAAUGUUGCUCCUUUAAAAACAUUUGCAACAUGUGUUUCUAUUUUGUUAAGUGCCCCAAUUUUACUCCACUACAGUUCAGCUCUGUAACACUUUGUUUCAAAUAGUUCAGAUGUUUAAGGGCAUAAAAUGUUAUUUAAUGUUGUUAGAUGUUUAUUGGAAUCAAAUUAGAAAAAAAAAGGUUUAAUAAUGCAUACCUAAGGUAAAGUGUUAAUUGUCACACAUUUAAUUUGCCGAUAUUUACAGUUUAUUUGAAUUCUGAAUGUUCAAAAUGCAAAGUAGGAAUUGAAAUGGAUGUUGAGCAAAUAUCACAUAAAUACUGACAUUGAAGAUUAAUAUUUCAAAAUUCCAUUCUGUGCAAGUUAGUUUAAAAUUCCAGAGCUCUGUCUACAAAUAAAUAAUGUUGUGAGACACUAAAGUCUUUGUUUUGAGGGGAAAGCAUCUAAUACAUGUAAGAAAUGGUGCACUUUGCUGCUCACUGGUCAUCCCGCUCUACUGUCUCAUUGUGAUCCCUAACACAAUGAUUGUCUGAAGGUUAUGUGUUUUUGAGCUGAUGAAUUGUAACCUGCACAAAGGCUCCCUAGGCCUAGUGUUUGAGUCUGCUUCCAUUGAUAAUGUGUGGUAUUGUGUGUUGCUCCUUACUUAAUAAUCUGAUUAUUUUUUUGGUCUGAGUAUGCUUUUAUAUUAAAGUGAAUAAAGUUAAACUAGCAAAUGUU